AUGGCAAAACCACAUUGGUCAUGGGCGAGACGUAUCUACUUCCCUAUCACAACUAUUAUCCUGCUUAGUGCAGUACCGAUCUGGGCACAAUCAUAUGAUGGAGAUCCCUCCAACUUAGCACGUUCCAAAUUUCAAGAUCCAUCGAGGAUUAGCCCCAUUACUACAGGCCCGACACUAGAACCAUCUUUACUACCGUUACCUCGAGAUGUCCGAUUGCGCCCUCGAGAUGUCACGGCCGUUUCUGUCGACGGCUACGACUACCAAGGCUGUGUGGGCGAUGACGGCAAUAAACGUGUUUUGGGCGGGCCUUCAAUUAACAUUGUUUCCUUGGAGCCCACUUUGUGCGGCAACUUCUGCUCACGGUCGGGCUACACAAUCUUUGGUGUCCAAUUCGCAACACAGUGCUACUGCGGCAAUGUCCUAGCCACAACAACUAUGACUACGCCACCGAGCUGCACCACACCCUGCCCCGGCGACUCGAACGCCGUAUGCGGCGGCUUUUACGCAAUGAAUGUGUAUAGCGCAACGAUCACCUUGGAUACUGUCACCGAUACCAGUACAAUGACGGUCUCUCCGGUUGUAUUACCAACCGCUACCGCCUCAUUAACCACUAUCGUUUCCUCAUCAUCUGCGACCUCUAGUACUCAAGCACCUAGACCAACAUCAAACAACGAUGUCACUCUUCCUAAAGCCGCUAUCAUCGGCAUUGGUGCGGGAUCUGCCCUUGGUGCGGUACUGAUUUGUGCUGUAAUCUAUUAUAUCUGGUUCUAUCGGCGUCGCCAGAGGUCUCGCAAAAUCUCCAAUGAGGCAGCAUCCUCAGCAGGGCAAUGGCCACCAGUAUCAGAGCAGGGAGGAUCAGGUGGACCAGGCAACGAGGCAGCUAUGGCAAAGCAGCCCUGGGCGAUAUCAGAACACAGUUCAAGAGAUUUAAGGGGACUUGGGGAAAAUCCCAGGCAAGGAUUUCUGGUGGAAGCUCCUGGGGACUAUAGGCAGACGCAUGAGCUUCCAGAAGGGAGGUGA